UUUGAGGGCCCAAGAGGUCAGUGCGUAGUGAAGAUGAGUUUGGUUGGAGGGUAUUCGAUGCCACAGACGUACGGCCACGCCGCCAUGGGCACAGCUGCCCCGUCUCACGACGCGAUCUACUCCCAGUAUUACUCUCACCCCAGCCCCCCGGGGCAAGCUCUGUAUUCCGGGUGGGGUUACGCGCCCCCGGGCUUUCCGCAGAGGUACUCCCCCGAGGUGGCAGUGGCGUGUCAAGACUACGGCGUCUCGGGGGGCUUCGUGGUCGGCCCAGGAUCGCCUCACGACCUCGGGUCAGACUACACGAUAGAAAUGGUCGACGGCUGCGGGAGGGUCGUGAAACGGAGGUCGUCCGCCAACAAGAAGGAGCGUCGGCGGACGCAGAGCAUCAACAACGCCUUCGCGGAGCUGCGGGAGUGCAUCCCCAACGUCCCCGCAGACACCAAACUCUCCAAGAUCAAGACGCUGCGCCUGGCCACCUCCUACAUCGCCUACCUCAUGGAGGUCCUCCACAGCGAGGACCCUCAGCAGCAGCAGCAGCAGCAGCCGCCUCAGCCCUUCAGGGCGGAUCUUCAGCCCGCCUCCACUGGGAACAGAACGCCCACGCAAGUUCACGUCCACGACAAAAAGUUUUCUCCCAGCUCCAACACAAGCCCUGAAUGCAAGAGAGGUCGCACAGGCUGGCCCCAAGAAGUUUGGGCCCAGGAGCUGAAAAAGUAAACAAAAGACUGACGUUCAUCGCCGUCUUCUUCCACUUCUUCUUCACUUUGCUGUGUUGAUGUAGGUCUGGUCUCUUUCCGAGACCCGUGUAUAUAGCAGAUGAAUUGGGAGUAUUUCCAUAACCCUGGCCUCCCAUUUCUGUCGUGUUCAGACAUCAACGCUAUGAAUAUUCGUCGAAUGAAAAAUUGUUUUUUGGCAUGUUACCAAUAGACAGCGGAGGUAAAAAAAAUAUAUAUAGAAAAAAUUAAAAAAUCACUACAAACAAUCAUUAUCUGCAACUGUAGAUGGUGUUAGCAAGGCAAGUUCCUUCAUUGUGUUAUGGCUUGGUCCAUCUGUAAUUCCUUCCGAAAAAAAUGGGAUAGAAACUUGAAAAUAGAAGCCUCGACCUGAAAUCGACGAAAAAAAAAGAAAAAAUCAACCAAGCCAAAACAGUCGAAACAACAUUCCACGAUCGACCGUAGAGUUCAAAAUUCUUGGGACCAGCAAGAUCAACAUCUCGGCAAAUGAGCAGCCAUCGUCUUUCCUCAUCUUCACCGUCAUUUCGUCGUCAUUUUCAUCAUCGUCAGUGGAAUCCUCCUCCUCCUCAUCUCAUGAUCAAUGGAGGAGAUUCUUAACCGUCGCCGUAGUUGGCACCUCAUUAAUUCUUCGUCUUCAAACGUCUCUGUAGAUGUUUAAGAAUUCGGGGACUCGUGACUUUUAGGUCUCUCACCGUCAGAACUGCAUCAAGAUGAUGAAUUCAUUGUAGAAUCGGAAAAUCUCAAGCACUUCGUCACUGUGGAAUCCACGAAAGCAUUUGCGUGCGCCCUUCUCUUCGAUUAUCUUUGCACAAAAUUGUGAUUUUUUAAAAUCUUUUUUUAAAAUGUAGUCAGGGGAUUCGUCAGACCCCAGCUUAUUUGACUGGUUUGGUGAUAGUCGGGUUCAGUGUUCUUAAUUGCGGUUACUAGGAUAACGCCCAUAAUUAUACAUACACAUACGCACUCAAACACAAAUGCAUAUAAACACACCCACCCACACAUGUAUUGUAUGUAUACAUACACAUAUAUAUAAAAA